CGGCCGGCGGCGCCGCCCCCGCCGCUCCCUGCGCGCUGCGGCUCCGCCCGGCCCGGCCCGGCCCGGCCUCUGUCACCCGGGGGAGCCACAAAAGCCUCAAGCGGGCUCGUGUGCAGCCACGGUAGCGCCGGCUUAUUCUCGCAGGACGAGGAUGCGGGGCCUGGUGAUCGCUGCUUUCCUGCUGCAGAGCGCCGCCGGCUCGGGCGCGUUGGGCGCACGGAGGAGGAAUGUGGACCCCGAAACGAACAUGAACAUCAGUGAAAUUAUUACCUUCAGAGGAUACCCUAGUGAGGAAUAUGAAGUGACAACAGAAGAUGGAUAUAUUCUUUCCAUUAACAGAAUACCUUAUGGAAGAAAAGGCCGUGAAGGAAGUGAAGGUCCAAGGCCUGCUGUGUUUCUGCAGCAUGGUUUGCUUGCAGAUGCCAGCAACUGGAUCACAAACUUGGAUUACAACAGCCUUGGCUUCAUGCUGGCAGAUGCUGGUUAUGAUGUAUGGCUGGGGAACAGCAGAGGAAACACCUGGUCCAGGAAACACAUACACUUCACAGUGAAGCAGGAAGAAUUCUGGGUUUUCAGCUUUGAUGAAAUGGCUAAGUAUGACAUUCCAGCCUCAGUGGACUUUAUUUUGAAGAAAACUGGCCAGGAACAAGUAUUUUAUGUUGGCCAUUCACAGGGCACCACAAUGGCUUUUGUUGCUUUUUCAACUUUGCCACAGCUGGCUAAGAAAAUCAAAAUGUUCUUUGCCUUGGCACCUGUAGCUACAGUCAAGUUUGCCACUAGCCCUCUGGUAAAAUUUGGAUUGUUUCCUGACAUGCUGCUCAAGGACAUGUUUGGAAAGAAACAAUUCCUCCCUCAGAAUUCCUUGCUGAAGUGGCUUGCUACCCAUGUUUGCACCCACAGAAUACUGGAUGACCUUUGUGGCAACCUGUUCUUUCUUCUGUGUGGUUUUAAUGAGAGAAACUUGAAUAUGAGCCGAGUGGAUGUGUAUUCAACACACUGCCCUGCAGGAACGUCUGUACAAAACAUGAUUCACUGGAGCCAGGCUGUGAGGACUGGGGAACUCAAAGCUUAUGACUGGGGAAGCAAAGCUGCAAAUAUGGCUCACUAUAACCAGUCUACUCCCCCUUUCUACAAAAUAAGAGACAUGACUGUACCAACUGCAGUGUGGACUGGUGGACAGGACUGGCUGGCAGACCCAAAGGAUGUUGCUAUGCUGCUCACUCAGAUCACCAAUUUGGUUUACCACAAAAACAUUCCAGAGUGGGAACAUUUGGAUUUCAUCUGGGGCCUUGAUGCACCUUACCGCAUGUAUAAUGAAAUAAUUAACAUGAUGAGGAAGUUACCUCUAAACUGACAUGGUAUUUCAGAGUACUGGCUCACCAGGAAUUUGUCAGUUUUUGGAAAAUACACUUUUCUGACAAUAAUGCUACAUUGCUUAGGAUGAUGCAUUUUUAAAAUGCCAGCAAUGACUACUGAAUUGGAUUUAUAUUUGGUUGUAUUUUCUCAGUAUUAAUUCUCUCUCUUCACAGUAUUUUGCUGAUUUUGCACACAGUGGCAUGGUACUCAAAUCACAGCAGUAGGACUUAGCACAAAAGUAUGUCAUGUGCACGUAAAUUUGGUCACCUGUCUGAAAGACAAAUUAGAUAAGUUAGUCCAUUGAGCACCUCAGGUGCUUGACACUUAGAACAAGCAUUUCACUGUGCAUAAAACAUGGCCAUUUCUCAGUACAUGGCCAAUUCUAAGUACCUUUGAGAAGUACUUCUUGUACUGCAGUGAGCUUUUUGGUGCUAGCACUUUACAAAGCACUUAGUGACUUUUUGCUGUGGUAUUAUUUUAGCCAUCACAUAAAAUCAGAUUGCUUCCCUUUUCAAUAUUGCCCAGAAGAAGUGUGGUGAAGCCAGAGAAACCACUGUUAGGUAACAUCUCCAAAUUCAUUGCUGCAUUUUCUUGCUUUGAUGGUGUCCCUGAAGCCUUUAGUGUUUCACAUAGCAGUUGUGGAUAGAGGUUGCAAUUUGCCCUGGCAGAUUCCUGGAACAAGAGUAAUGUUCAAACAAAACCACUUUCAGUUAACUUUGUCAAUAGAUUGUGGCUUUCGAGGAGAGUGAUGUAACAUACUUGUGAUUUGCACUGACCACUAACUAGAAAACAAGCUCCCCCAGUCUACUGCUGGUGACAGAAGAGCCAAAGCAUUAAUUCUACAGCUUCAGUGACUUAAUUUCUGUGGACUUUUCCCUUAAUUGUCUGCUGCAUUGAAGAUCUGUUUACUUCUUAACUGCUUAUAGGAUGCUCCCCACCACUGCUUUCAAGAACUGAAUAACUGCCUGGAGAAGUCUGACAGUAUUACAGCAACUCAGUUUGUCUCAGUUUCUAUUUCAAACUGGGGCUAAGACCCCAUUUAAUGGGGAAGAGGAUUCACAUCUGCCUCAGGAGUCUGACUUUGGACUUUCCAUUGAUUGUUCAGAGGACUUUGGUUUCUCUGAGAUGCAUAGAAGUUCUAUGCCAAAUGAACCAUCUCCAGAGUCAGUGGCCUUAGUCCAGAUGGUAAUUUCUGUGCCACAGUUGGAUUCAACCCAGAUUUCUUCAGUAAUCCCAACAGGAUAAAGAGGCUUUCUACAUGUCAUAGGAAAUAAUGCAUUUUAAAUUGAAGCAAACUUAUUUUGUAAAAAAAUAAAAAAAAAAUAAAAAAAAAAAAUCACAGAAAUGGACACAGGUUGUAAAUUAAGACUUGUUUCUUUGUGGUUUUUUUGGGUGGUUUUUUUUUUUGGUUUUUUUUGUUUGUUUUUUUUUUUUUUUUUUUUUUUAAUUCCCAUUUCAGACUCAGGGAAUUCUCAGGUAUUGUUUAGGGACAAAGUGGUUCAUGAGACUUUGACUGUGAUUCCUACCAGGACCUUUAAGUCUGCUUUACAUUGUAUCAGCCAGAUGUGCUUUACUUUGCUGUGCUGAAAGGAAGCUUCUGUAGGAAUCCAAGGUGGCUAAUUUAACAGUCAUGAGGGUAUGUGGUAUGGCAAGAGCCAUGUGCAUCAUGUUUAUUAAGCUUGAGCUGUUCCAAUAAACAUGAGACCUGCUUAGA